AUGAGAGGCUCCCAGGAGCUCAUUGACAUUCAGGCUGCCGCCCCCCCUCAAAUCCGCCGUGUGCACCCGGCACAAAGCGCCAGAGGCCAGAGGCCCCACACCGGAGACCUCCAGGGGCCCCACACCGGAGACCUUCAGGAGCCCCACACCGGAGACUUCCGGGAGCCACACACCGGAGACCCCCAGGACUCAUAUGUCUGGAAUGAGAGCGAGAUGUUUCUGUUCCGGGCCACUCUGGCCUUCGCCAUGAGACAACACUUCAAGAACAACGAGUACAAUGUGUCCAGCAUCCUGGUGUGUAACGAGACCCAGCGGGUGUCCUUCCACUUCGUGGUCCUGGACCCCUCGGACUCCACUCAGCUGAUUCAGAAGACGGCGGUGGAGGCGGCAGUGAGGAAGUCCAGACAUCGCAUCAACAGCGCCUUCCUGCUGAGCGACAGCACGCUGGAGUUCCUGCAGAUCCCGCCCACCCUGGCCACGCCCUACAGCCCGGCCACGCCCCCCUGGCUCAUCGCGUUCGGCGUGGUGAUCGGCGCGGUGUGCGCCGGGAUCAUCGUGAUGCUGGUGUCCUCGCUGCUGGGGAGGGGGCGUCCGAAGAAGGGGAAGGGCGAGGACGAUGACGAAGAGGAGGGCGCGGCGGUCGGGGGGAACGGCAUCGCGUGCGACCCGCUGGACGGCGCGUGCAACGGGGGCUUCUCCGACGACGACCGCCUCACCCAGAUGUAGCCCUCGGCCGAUAAAGGAUUAUUGACCAGCAGAACACUGCUGGUGUCAAUGACAGCCAUCCUGAGACCUGUCAGUGACAGCCAUCCUGAGACCUGUCAAUCACAGCCAUCCUGAGACCUGUCAAUCACAGCAAUCCUGAGACCUGUCAAUCACAGCCAUCCUGAGACCUGUCAAUGACAGCCAUCCUGAGUCCUGUCAAUCACAGCCACCCUGAGACCUGUCAAUAACAGCCAUCCAGAGACCUGUCAAUCACAGACAUCCUAACACCUGUCAAUCACAGCCACCCUUCAAUUACUGUUCCACAAGUAUUGUAAUGAUGAAUUAAGUGUAAUGAACUAUAUUAAUUUAUGUAGUCUGUAACCCAGAGUGGGGUCAGCCAGUCUAAAUCAGCAGUUUAAACCUUUCGCUACCCCCAUGAAUAACACAAUGCAACUGCCACCCUCAAAGUGUGCACACAGAGAGGGGCCAAUAGCAGUGAUAUUAGAGCACAGAAAAUAUGAAAAUCACUUUCUGAAAAGGAUAUUCAUUAUUAAAUAUACAAUAUUUGUUUUACUUGUAGAUUGAUUUUUUCAAUGUAAAGAAAUUAAAUAAUAAACAGCAUUGCUAUUUUAUUGUUUUAUCUUACCCGUUUAUCUUGAAUAUAUCCAUCUAUGGGAAACACUUCCAACGUGUUGAGUGAUGUGGUUGGUGUCCAUUCAACGGAGC